AUGGUAGAAAGUUCACUCUUACUAGUUGUGAGAAUUCUUUAUAAUACUUUUUUUACUCCAAUUUUGAGGAUUGUAUUUGGUCUACCAACAAAUGGAGAGCCUAGGUCAUUAAUUCCUCAAUACUCACCAAAAAUGGAGUAUCUAAUAUUUGCAGCCUCCAAUGCUAUUGUUAUUCCAUUUAUUACUAUUACCACAUUUAAUAUUGUUGUGCCUAAAAAGUAUAGUAUCAAAGACUAUCUUUUAUCAUAUUUUCUAGGUAUUAUCUCUACAUUCAUUGUUAUUACAAUUUUACAUUCUGUUAUUAUUAAUGAUAUAUUUGCAUUAUCAAUGUGUUGUAUUGGAUUUGGCGUAUACGUUGCACCAUUAUUUAUAAUUGGAAUAUACUCAUCUUAUAACGAAAUGAUUGAGAGGCAUUUAUUUUUAAUACCGACAUUUUUCACAGUGUUUAUCUUUUUUGUUUCUUGUUGUCCUUGUGCCCUAGAUAAUCCAUUACCAUGGAAAUUCUUCCCAACACCAUCUUUUAUGAUAUUUCCUUUUGCAACAGUGAUAAGUGAUUUAUAUUCAUUAUUGUAUGUGUUGCUUGUUCACAAAGAUACAAAGAAAAAUUGGUUAUUUGAAAAUUAA